CCCUUGCCGCUCCAUCUCUGACACCUACCCUCUGCUCACCAAGGGGCGCAUGGCUACCUGGUAAGAAAUGGACUUGGCAGGAGUUCUCUUGGCUUUUUUCCUGGUGUUGGUGCUCGUUAUUUCUCUGCUGUCCAACCUGCUGGUGCUGCUAUGCUUCAUCUACAGUACCGAGCUCCGCAAGCAAGUCCCCGGGGUCUUCCUGGUGAACUUGUCCUUCUGCAACCUGCUCCUGACAGUCUUAAACAUGCCCUUCACUUUGCUGGGGAUCCUGAGAAACCAGCCGCCCGUCGGUGACUGCAUCUGCAAAGCGGUGGGCUUCCUAGAAACUUUCCUCACCUCCAACACCAUGCUGAGCAUGGCAGCCCUCAGCAUAGACAAGUGGAUUGCCGUGGUGUUCCCCUUGAGUUACACCAGCAAGAUGCGGUACAAAGACGCCGUGAUUCUGAUGAGCUAUUCCUGGAUUCAUUCCUUGACCUUCCCUUUGGUCUCCUUGUUUUUCUCUUGGGUAGAUUAUAGCAACGUGUACGCCUCUUGCACCUUGCACCUGGGAGAAGAGACGGAGAGGAGGAGGUUUACCGUGUUCACCAUCGUGUUCCACGCCACCAGUUUCAUGCUGUCCCUGGUGAUACUGUGUUUCACCUACUUAAAGGUGUUUAAAGUGGCCAGGUUCCACUGCAAAAGGAUAGACAUUAUUACAAUGCAAACGCUGGUUUUGCUGGUAGAUAUCCAUCCCAGCGUCAAACAGCGUUGUCUUAAUGAGCAGAAAAGGAGGCGGCAGCGGGCUACUAAGAAAAUCAGUAUUUUUAUAGGGUCUUUCGUGAUCUGCUUUGCUCCUUACAUUGUCACCAGGUUGAUAGAACUUCUUCCUUUUGUUACCAUAAACUACUACUGGGGGAUUGUAAGCAAGUGCCUCACCUACAGUAAGGCUGCAUCAGAUCCAUUUGUUUAUUCUCUUUUACGUCAACAGUACAAGAAAGUCAUGAUCAACAUUGUCAAUAGGAUACUUAAAAGGGAUCUGUAUCCUUCAUCUGGCUACAACAGCUCUCUAGACACUGAAAAUGAUUAUUGCUUACACAGAACAUGCUAACAUCCUGACAGUCAUUAGUCUUCAAGUUAGGUCUGACUUUUGCCACCAGAAGGAUAUCACCUGAUCUAUUACGUGUUGACUGGACAAUGGUGAAGCAUACCUUUUGGAUCUGAAACCUGGAUUCCUGCAGUGCAUUUGGUUGUGGGCUUUCAAAACAGGCUCUUCCAUUGUCUGCAUUUAGUACAGAAUGUAGCCGCAGAGAGACUGUCAGGGAUGGGCAGAGGUGAUUCUGCCAGGCCACUACUUUGCCUUCUGCACUGACUGCUUCUUGGCAAGUGGAGUAAGUUCAAGGUUUGGGGUUUAACUUUUAAAGCCUAUAACAUUCCAGAUGCCGUGUCCUGGUAUUUUACUGAGGAUCCAGCAUCCUACUCUCUUAAAACAAAGAUUCUGCGACCAUUGGAGCCUAGGGCAUGAACAGAUAGUUGGAGCACCAUUUGUACAGUAUAUUUGCAUCUGCAAUCCUGGAUUUGUCUCAGUUUUAGAACAUUUUAAAAGAGUAUUUUAAUUGAUGGCUUGAUGUAUUGAUGCCUAGAAUGGGUAUUAUGGAUGGGCACUUUGAAAAUGAGAUUAUUAUUAUUUAUUAUAAGACAACAUGAUUGUAACAUAAACUUUAAAAGUGGUAUGUGUAUUCAGUAUGCCAGUAUUUUAUCGAGCAUAACCAAAGUUAUCUUGUUACUAUGUAUCUGAUUUACUAAUAUUUAGCACUUUUGUGAUACCACAUAAUUACAAUAAUCGCAGUGACAGCAACAAAGACAUAAUCAGAGUUUAGAUAACUAGCAUUGUAAUUUAUGUCACUGAGCCAGGUCCACUCAACAUACCUUUCAUUAGGAGGAAAUCAGGUCAAUUAGUUUGUAGAAGUGACACUAUAUUUAAAAUAUUUUUUGUUCAAGAGCUAUCUGAUAACAUAUACCAGGAUAAAAGAGAGUAAUUAUUUUUAAAGAAAAUAUAAUGGGGAAAAAUCUUUCACACAUCAGGUAAAUUUGGUGAAUAGCAGCAAUAUGGUAUGAGCUUUUGCCUUUGAUUUACCUAUUUAAUUACUUUAUUACUGCUUAAUUAUUAUUUAUUUAUUAUUAUUAUUAUUCAUCUAAAAAGUCUUUUGGUAAAUACUGGAACAAAUUAUGAACAGUAGUCCAUCAAUUAUGUGCUAUAAUGGAUAUGAAUGAGCAGUGUUCUGUGGAGCUCAAUAAAUUAAUGCUUUGUAGCCAAACAAAAUCUAUUUUAAAAUGUAUUUUUAAGAAGAAGAAUACCUACAAGACAAAGUAUAGAGUUUGUCUUUAUUUUUUAGGUUAUAGUAGCAUUAAAAUUAGGGAUAGAAUAUUGGCCUUGAUCCUGCAAAAAGCU